CAUAAACCAUUACGCACCGUUUAAGUGUAGAAGAGGAAGCAAAAGGAAUGGGCGAAGGAGAUGAUGAGAGAAGAGAAGCAGCAAUUUCAUCAACCCCGUCUCUGCAACCUAAUUUCGACAACAAAUCUAUCUCCCAACACCAGCUUCGCAAGCUCCAAGAGCUGCACAAGAGGCGCUUAAAGCUAAAAUCAAAGUUUCAUAAUGAAUCUAAAGGUAGAACCAUUAGAUCUCAUGUAAAACACUGCAAAAAUGGUGAUGGUGAAAUUUCAGAUAGAAACGUUGAAGACUUGCUCACCAAUUUGAAAAACCAACGUGACAUUACUGAUUUCUCUUCUCAGCAAGCGAAUGUAACAGCAGAUGAUGCACCAAAGAAGCGACAGAAAUUGCAUUGGGGGCUCGACACAAAAGAAAGGUGGGAAAGGAAAGCCAACAUGUAGAUAUAACCAUUCAUGCUUUACAGACCUCCAAUGUUUGCUUAUGAGGCAGCUAAUAAUAGGCAUAAUUUUUUAGCAUUCUAACUUCUGCAGCUCAGGAAGCUGAUGAGAGAAUGGUGAUACAGCUUCAUAAGACUAUAAUUAUGGAUUGAUGAUUUUGAUGUAAUUGUACAGAAGUUUGGAAUAUAAUUUGUACUUUCUACUGCU